AUGAUUACUGUAAUAUUCUAAUCUUUUAUUGCAAUGUUUUCAGGUAAAUGUACCAAAGCAGAGACGCACUUUUUGUAAAAAGUGCAAAGUACAUAAACCCCAUAAAGUAACACAAUAUAAAAAAAGCAAAGAACGUCAUGCAUCACAAGGUAGGAGACGUUACGACCGUAAACAGCAAGGCUUUGGUGGACAAACCAAACCUAUAUUCAGAAAAAAGGCAAAAACUACCAAAAAGAUUGUCUUAAGAAUGGAAUGUACAGAAUGUAAAUAUAGGAAACAAAUUCCUCUUAAAAGAUGUAAACAUUUUGAAUUAGGAGGCGAUAAAAAAAGAAAGGUAUUUGACAUAUUUUACAUAUUAAUUAAUUAAUACUAAAUAAAUUAAAAUGAAAUAUUCUUUUUCUAGGGACAAAUGAUUCAGUUCUAAGGUGGAAUUAUGUGUUAACUUUCUAUAUGUAUUUAAUAAGAAAUGAAAUAAAUUCCUGAAAUUUGUAUAACUGUUUAUUUUAUUAACUAAAUUUUAUAACGUAAAAAUAUUUCACGUAUUUAAUAUAAGAAUAUAACUAAAUAUUUAAUCUCCUUUAUUCUCACCAUUAUCUGCAGAUUUCGGCUUAGAAAUUAUUUGCUGGGAAUCACUGUUAAUAUAAAAAAUAACAAUGAUGUUAAUUACUUCAAUGAAUGAUGCAUGAACACUUCAUAGACAUUAUUUCAUUUAUUAAACUUCAAUAUAUAUUAAUUAAUUUUUUUAUUGUAUUUUACCAUAAAGGUGAAUUUUAAAACAUUUUAAAUAGCACUUACUCUAAAAUAGACGAAUCCAAUCCUUCUUGUUCCAUCUUUAAUUUAACAGCUUCUUUUGGUACACCAAAAUGUAUCAUUUUUAAAUAUUUUUCAUAACGUGGAUCUCUAUUUACGACUUGAUUUUCUAUCUGUUGUUCUUCAAAUUUAUCUUCUUUGUUACUAUCAGUUUCAUCUAUUUUAGAUAUAUUUUUUUCUUCCUGCUUAUUAUCAUUAUUUUCUACAGCAUUUUUUGUACUUUGAUUUUGUUCCAAACCAGGGACAGAUGAUAACUGUAAAAAUACAAAUUACUGAAAAUUGUAAGUUUUUUUAAAUUUAUUCGCAUUUGUAUAAAUAAGUAGUUACAUACCCAAGAUUCUAAAAUUUCUAAUGAGGCUUCUAUCCUUUGCAAUUUGUAUUCAAAUUCUAAUAAUCUUUCUUCGCAGGACAAGGUAAAUUUAUUAAGAAAUGUUACAGUAUGUACAAUAA